AUGUGGCUUCCUUCAAGCCCUUCCCUGACCCCCGUGCUCGGCCCUAGCGGGGUCCGGAGGGCCGCCCGGGGGUCUGCCGGCAAGGCCGCGGCCCGCACGCGUGCAGCCCACCGCUCUUCACAAGACCUCACAGUGCUUCCAGCCGCGGAAAGCCUCAUAAGGAACCGCGGGAUGAGUGGGGAAGGAAGAUGGCUGGAGAUGCAGCCAGCCGGCAGGCAGGUUACGAGGCGCUGGGGGAGGCGGCGAGCCCCCGGGAUUAGCGGGGCCGCUCCCCCCGCCUCCCGCGGGGCGCCUCCGCCGGAGAACCCGCGCUUCUCCCUCAGUCGGGGGCUCGCUCACUGCGGCGGAUGCGCCUGGCACUGCAGUGGCGCCGCUGCCGGCUGCUGCAAACUUUAUCCGCCCGGCAGCGGGCGGGCGGCGCGGCCCCGGGGGGCGGCGGCUCCUUCUAGAACCCGCCGUGCCCCGCCCGGUGCGGCCCGGCGGAGGGUGCCGGUGCCUGUGCUUGUGCCCGUGCCCCGCGGUGCAUCGUCAGCCGCUGCACCGGCGGGGGCGGGCGAGAAAAGUGGCUAUGAUCUUGAGUGCAUUACAAAUAAGAACAACAAAAAAACCCUCUUUCAAACACUUGCUGAAUUGAGGUUGAAAGUUGAAAAUGGCAUCUAUGGCAGCUUUAAUCCAUCUAAGUGGGACUGCUAUAGUGUCUCCCUUGUGCCAGUGCUGAAAGAAAUUCAAGCAAUGAGUCAAUGCAAUCACCCCAAUGUGGUGACCUAUUACACAUCUUUUGUGGUGAAGGAUGAACUUUGGCUGGUUAUGAAGCUGUUAAGUGGGGGUUCAAUGCUUGAUAUAAUAAAGUAUAUUGUCAACAGAGGAGAGCACAAAAAUGGUGUCCUUGAAGAACCCAUAAUAGCAACAAUUCUUAAAGAAGUUUUGGAGGGCUUAGACUAUCUACACAGGAAUGGGCAAAUUCACAGAGAUUUGAAGGCUGGCAACAUUCUUCUGGGUGAAGAUGGCUCUGUACAAAUAGCAGAUUUUGGCGUUAGUGCAUUUUUAGCAACGGGAGGUGAUGUUACUCGUAACAAAGUAAGGAAAACAUUUGUUGGUACUCCAUGUUGGAUGGCCCCUGAAGUAAUGGAGCAGGUGCGAGGUUACGACUUCAAGGCUGAUAUGUGGAGUUUUGGGAUAACGGCCAUUGAGUUAGCAACAGGAGCAGCACCUUAUCACAAAUACCCUCCUAUGAAAGUAUUAAUGCUGACGCUUCAAAAUGACCCUCCCACGUUAGAGACAGGUGUAGAGGACAAGGAGAUGAUGAAAAAGUAUGGCAAAUCCUUUAGAAAACUAAUUUCAUUAUGCCUUCAAAAAGAUCCUUCCAAAAGGCCCACAGCAGCAGAACUUUUAAAAUGCAAAUUUUUCCAGAAAGCCAAGAAUAGAGAAUACCUGAUUGAAAAACUUCUCACUAGAACGCCUAAUAUAGCACAAAGAGCAAAAAAGUCUCAGCCUGCUGUUAGUGACGAAUAUAGUGAAGUUCCAUGUGCAGUGAAUCUUGUCUUAAGAUUAAGGAACUCCAGGAAAGAACUUAAUGACAUACGGUUUGAGUUUACUCCAGGCAGAGACACAGCAGAUGGCGUUUCUCAGGAGCUGUUCUCUGCAGGCCUGGUUGAUGGCCAUGAUGUAGUUAUAGUUGCUGCUAACUUACAGAAGAUAGUAGAUGAUCCAAAGGCCUUGAAAACAUUGACUUUUAAGUUGGCCUCUGGCUGUGAUGGCACUGAGAUUCCUGAUGAAGUGAAACUGAUUGGGUUUGCUCAGUUAAGUGUCAGCUGAUGUCUGUCCCUUGACCCCAAGCCGAAUUGUGAGAUUGCGAAGAGGCCAGCUUAGAUGCAAAGGAAAACUAAUGCACCACACACUGAGUUCUGCUUCAUUCUCUAGCAAUUCACAAAGUCAGAACAAGCAAGGCCCACAGCUACACCGCUGCUGCUAACAUUCAAAAUGCUACUAAAUGUCUCUUAGCAGUUGAUUUGGAUUCCCCCUAAGUGAAAAGCCUGUGGAAAUGCACUCAGGUGGCUGUAUUUAUUGGUUACAAAAGGAAUUUUCUAUCAAGCUUACUUCUUUCAUAAACUUCGAGUGAUACUAUUUUACCUGUACUUGUGGUUGAUAAUACUGCCUCUGUUCUGUUAUAUUUAGAAAUGAACAUAAAUAUAAAAGUUAAGAAUUAUUAGCCAAACUUGAAUUCUAGUUUUAAAACUGACUGUGAAUUUUAUUUUUCAUAUUUAUGCAUUACACAUCCUAGUAAGAAGAAAAUUAUUUGACUUGAUUAUGUGCUAUUUGCAGUUAAUCUCCCAUUAUUUAAAAAAGUUUCAGGUAUAUCUUUGAAGUAUUUGGUAA